AUGGUCACGGGCCUGGCGGGGUUGAUUGGCCGGACGCCGCUCGUGGAAGCGACAGCGCUAUCGAAGCGCACCGGUUGCCGCAUUCUCUUGAAGAUGGAAGCGAUGAAUCCAGGCGGCUCCAGCAAAGACCGAAUUGCUCUGAACAUUAUUGAGACAGCGGAGCGCGAUGGUUGGCUCAAGCCAGGCGGGACGGUGAUUGAGGGGACGGCCGGCUCAACGGGCAUCAGUUUGGCGCUGCUGGCGCGUGCCCGAGGCUAUCGCUGCAUCAUCGUCAUGGCCGACGACAUGGCCAUGGAAAAGGAGAUUCUGCUGCGAACGCUGGGCGCAGAGGUUCACCGUGUCAAGGCGGUUUCCUUUGUCAACAACCAGCACUUUUGUCGCGUGGCCGAAGCUCUGGCAACCGAGAUCCCGGGCGGAUUCUACGUCAAUCAAUUUGAAAAUGCCGCCAAUUUCUUGGCCCACUAUCAUCAUACUGGGCCUGAAAUCUGGGCUCAGACGAGUGGCGUCAUCGACGCCUUUGUCAUGGGUGCCGGAACUGGUGGUACCCUGGCCGGGGUAGGCACUUUUCUCAAGGAACAGAGUUCCGACAUCCACGUCGUGUUGGCCGAUCCCCCCGGCUCAGCCCUGUAUCGAAAAGUGAAAAACGGAGUCAUUUAUACGUCCCAGCAGGCGGAGCAGCGCCUGCAGCGCAAUCGUUAUGACACCAUUCUGGAGGGCGUGGGCAUCGACCGUCUCACUCGCAACUUUGCGCUGGGGCAAGCGGCAGUGGAUGAUGCAUACCAGGUGACGGAUGCUGAAUCGGUCACCAUGGCUUAUUGGCUGCUAGCCCACGAGGGUCUGUUUAUUGGCUCCAGCUCUGCGCUCAAUUUGGUGGCAGCCGUUAAACUGGCACGCACGCUUCCGGCCGGCAGCACCAUUGUCACCUGCAUCUGCGAUCAAGGCAACCGAGGCAUGUCGAAGGUGUACAAUGAUGCGUUUCUCGAGUCCAAAGACCUUCUCGCGGCCGCUCAACACGCCGACAUUGCAACUGGAUGCCUGGAUUUUGUGUGCUAG